CAGAUUUUCACAUAGUUGUGUAUCCCAGCCAAUUUUGGCUUAUUUAUCCAGCUUUCAGAUUAUCUACACAUUUCAGUUUCAAAAAAAGUUACUCGUGACUGGUUUUAUGAUCCAUAUUGAUCUUAAGUUGUAAAUGGGCAUAUAAAUGGGACAUGUGGUUCAUAAGGAUUUUAAAACAUUUUCUAGAGUAUUGGAAUCGGAUAUAUAACGUUAGUUAUUAAAUAAAUAACUUAUUUUCUAGAAAAUUAAAUCCAGUCUAUAAAAUGCAGAUUCACUGAUGUUUGAAUAGGGAUGCGGAUGCUUUCCGGCGAUUUCCCAGCUGAAAGCAAAGAAACACGACAGUGUAACGCCCACAUCUCUAAAAUGCCAGUUGAUGUUUUGGAAAAAUGAAAUGCACAUCAAACCAAAUCGAUACGCGAGCUGUAUUCCGUGCGUGCGCGCGCGCGUGCGUCAUCCUCAGUGUAGAACUGAGCGUCGUCAUUUAUUCAAGCGCGAGAGGGAAAACACUUCACAUCUACAGCAUCUGCGAACAGAGGCUCAAAACAGCACAGCGUCGUGGCAAUGUCUGUGUUCGGUGUGUGAGGCAUUACAUAAUGUGUCACAUCCACAACUAGGACAUCACUAAAUCACAUUGUGACUACUGGAUCUUUCAACUGUUAUUGGUUUCAUGGAUUCCCGACCUACUUUCCUUCAUCCCCCUGAAAAUAAUGAGCCCAAGGUAUGCUGGGAAUCUGAGUCCCAGCACAGAAAGGGAAACCACUCUCCUGGAACCAGGACAAGACUUGUAAAGAAUCAUGGGAUUGAAGUACAAGCUAAAGAGAUGGAGGAGAGAUCCACCGGCCAUGUAAAAACACUAAAACACAAUGCAUUAGCCACCACUGCCAUUCCAGCCGCAGAACUGCUUCCUGGAUCCACAGCUGUAUCAAAAAUACCCACCAUGCACUCAGCGUCAACCAAGCAGGUCACUGCGGGAAUAACCAGUGUAAGUGCUAUGACUAAAACGGCAUCUAAAAAAACAACCAAAACAACAGUUGGAGUGGAGGUCUUAAGUUUGUCCGGCCAAACUGGACACAGUGGAACAAAACCAAGAUCCCCAAAUGGGAGCCAUGAGAAGAAGCUACAAGCAAGUGCAAAAGCAUUUCCCAAUAACAUGCAAAAAACUUCCUCAGCAUCUCAUAUCAUGGGCUCCACAGACUUCCCCAAAAAGACGCUUCAAAAAACAUCGUCCACUUCCCAGAUUUCCUCAACCGACUCUCCCAAGAGUCUCAGCCGGACUCUCUCGCAUAUUCCCAGAGCAACGUCCAGCCCCAAACUUAAACCACCCCAUCCCGCAUCUCUCAAAGUGGAUAAAACCGAGCGGAAUAGAAGAGUCACGAGCAAAGAGGCACAGCUGUCGACUUCUCCAAAAGAUAAAAUGACUGACACGUUGGUGGAGAGCAACCUGCAACUGGGGACAAAAGCAGCAAUGGGGGAGAGUCAUCAGGAGCAAGAGAUAAAGAGCGGGAAUGAGAGAGAUAAUAAAGACACAGUCCUUCAGGGACACAGUCUUGGAGGAAGUGACGUCAUCUCGAACUUUAAAGGUUGCAAAGAAAUGUCUUCUCUGUCACUGUAUCGUGCCGAAAACCUGAAAGAGCCAGAAGACAAGACUGACGCAUAUGUCACGACCCAAGAGAGACACACAGGAAAGAGUCAGAGGCUCUGGGAGAAGAAGGGAAGGGAGGAAGCAGAGUGCGAGGAGAAGAGGAACACAGGAGAGAGAAAGGGGGAAGCUGAGGUUAAGAAUGUCAAAAUGGCGAUUGAGCUCAAGAAGGAUACUGUAAAUAAUGAAAAGAAUAAGAUUCCGACACCCAAGAACUUGAAGGAUGCAGUGACAAUGACAGGCGAAGGUUUCCCGGUGACCGAGACGAAGGAUGCAGCACUGCAGGUUGAUCUGAAACCGGUGUGUAUUGAUGUCGAGGUCCAGGCGGUUGUGGAGGUCUGCUCCAGGUCCACACUCACGAGCCCAGUCCACAACGUUCAACCUUGUCAGUUGAACCAUGAGAUUGACCUCAACUCUAAAGCUGGCCUGCACAAUGAGCUCAACCUUGACAGCAUCUUGGACUCUGAUUGGUUGCCGACUGUACCCUUACCGGACCCCAAACCAACAGAAGCCAAGCCUAGAUUUCUAGGUCCACCCCCUUACAAGUCUCCCAAUAGUCAGAAACCGCUUCAACACAUCUGUCAAAUAGAGAUUGAGCUUCGUAGCCAGUUUCCGCAACCUCUCGGUUCGGCCCCCCCCCAAGUAACCUCUGGGGACUCCUUGAAGCCACUCAAAUCUGGGGGAACAGCAGGGGUGGUUGGAGAAAAGGAGGAGAGCGGUGCACCUCAGGAGAUCGUAUGGGAUGAGCAGGGAAUGACGUGGGAAGUCUAUGGAGCGUCGCUGGAUAUGGAGUCCCUGGGAUUUGCCAUCCAGAACCACCUGCAGUGUAAGAUCCGUGAACAUGAGCGUCGCAUCGGCACACUGCGGAAGUCUAUAUGCCUCUCCGAACAAUCGCCCGGAAAGGGCAGGAUAGGAAAGAAGAAGAGGAAUGUCUUUAGGUCGCUGUUUGGUGGAUCUAAGUGCUGCUCAAAUCCACGACCCAAAGAUGAAGCCGAAAAGUGACUAAUUGUUAUGUAAAUGUAUUUUGUAGAUGUGCUACACUGGAGAACGUAUAGCAAAAAAUUCUAAAAAUAUGUAGCGUAUUGUUGCUUCAUAGAAGUGUUAGACCAGGAGUCACCAGACUCGCUCCUGGAUGGCCAGUGUCCUGCAGAGUUUAGCGCCAACCCCAAUCUAACACACCUGAACCAAUUAAUCAAGCGCUUAUUAUGCAUACUAGAAACAUCCAGGCAGGUGUGUUGAGGCAGGUUGGAUCUAAACUCUGCAAGACCAAGAUUGGUUACCCUUGUUUAAGACCAUGUCCAGGAUUUGAACGUUCUGAAAUAAUUUCUUGCCCAUGGCCUUGUCCCAAAUGGCGAGCUUAAAGUGAACUUACAGUCCAAUGACCUACACUUGUUCUUGACUAUGAAGUGCAUGAGACUAGAGUUUCCAAUGUAGAGAGGUACCACGUUUGGCCAUACUGGUACAGACUACUACCCAACCGUCAACCUUUCAGGUUUUGGAAGACUGGAAGGUUCUUACAUAAGUCUCUUACAGGAGUAGUUCACUCAAAACUGAACUUUCUAUCAUCUCUUACUCAUGUUGUUCCAAUCCUUGUGUGACUUUUUUUCUUUUAUAAACCCCUAAAGAAGAAUGUUUUGACGAGCAAAAAACUUUGGACCCCACUGACUUCUACUGCAUGCUCUAAAUGUCCCUGAGACAUUUCUUAAAAUAAGCUAAUAGAGUUUUGGACAUCUAUAAUUGCAUUUAAGUGUGAACUAUCCCUUUCUGCCUCAUAAAACACCAACUUGUAGACAUUAUUUUGGAUUAGCAUGUUCAGAGGACAAGGGAAUAUUGUUGCGCUCAGAUGAAGGCUAGUUGUAAGUCCAGGUGCGUGAAAACCAGUAAAAUGUAGAAGAGACUGUAGAUGGUUCGCACUCUGAAAAACUAGACAAAGUCUUUAACAAAAAGAAUCAAUCAUUUUAUUAGAGCAAGAGCAGACGUUUCAGCCAUCCAGCUAUUCUCAAUGCUCAUAAUGAUUAGCAUGUUCACACUGUUGAGAUGAAGAGUGGAAAUUGCAGUAGUUUCCCAACAUUUAAUAGUCCAACAUCCAACUUUUGGAAAUGUUGGUAUCCGUUGAGUGUAUUGUUCACUUUUAUGUAACUGUUAAAAGUUAGAUCAAAUUUUUGUAAUAUUCACUAUUAGUAAUAACUUGUGUAAAACUGAAUUUUUACAUUUUCACAGUUUUGUAUCACUUUUCUUUAAAAAAAAGAAACUUUUGUCUGAGAACUGGUUUGACAACAGUUUCUGUAUUACACUGUUUUUAGGAAUCUUGUAGGUUUUGUCAAAAUAGCUAAUGACUUUCUAAAUGUGAGCACUGAUCAUGUUCACUGAUCACUUGCACACCUGAGAAACUUCAAGCACUGGUAGUUGUUGUUAAUGCUGGUAGAUUUUAAUCCCAUUGUUUGCUUUAUCACUGCAAAAACGCUGUCAGUGUGAGCGUCCUUUAGAAAUACAUAAUGCUGAGCUGAUAAUCACUGUAGGGCACUUUAAUGGAUUAAAAUAAUGCUUGUGAUGUUCUA